UCUGAGAGAUGGCUCCAGUUGCCGAUGUCGGGCCUGCUGCCGCUGCCGCCGCUGAGCGAGAGCCCCUUGCAGCGGCUUUGCUCGCUGCCCGGGCACCUCGUGGCAACGACCGGAGAUGGGAGCAUUUUGCUAUUCAGCUCUCAAAGCGUCUUGCCAUGCUUGAAGCAAAGCUGGCGCUUGCCACAGGUCGCCUGUGCGCUGGCUGCAGCGUCUCUGCCCAGUGGCAACGUCAUAGUGCUGGCAGGCACACAAUCAGGAGAUGUGGAGAUUGCCGGACCUGGAGAAGAAGUACUGGUGGCACGCUCACCGUUGGCACCAGCUGCUGUGACAAAGCUGCUUCUUGGACCUGCCACUGAUGGACUUGGAGGCAUCCUCGCAGACGCCAGCGCCGAUGGGCCGCGUGCCCUUUUUGCUGCAGGCAGCGACGGCCGCGUGUGGCGGGCGUGGCUUCCGGAAGAGACGCCCAUAACACGUGGUCGUGAUGACAGCUUUGUGCAGCUUGUGGCUCAUGCGAUCGCGGAAGCUUCCGUCUGUGCCGAGCUCUUGUCGCCUGUUGUGGAGCUAGAGCUGUGCACGCUGACUUCGAGGCUACUUGUCUCGACCUUUGAACGCAUUGCCGUGAUUGGCGAUGCUUUGGCAGCGGAAGUGUCCACCGUAUGUUGGGUGGGGUCCAAGCCUCACAAAGGUCGUCUCACCGCCACCUUCGGCCGCUUCUUCGGUGCUGACGCCAUCAUUGCACCACGCCCGGGCGGGCGGCUCUGGGUGGCCGACGGCAGCGGGACUGUGCAGAGCACCCUCAUUUUCCAGAAUGCUGCUGGUGAGGGGAAGGCAGCUCUUGGGCAUUUGAUGACCCUCCGCCACGACCGGGUGCUGAGCUUCACGCGCUGCGAUGAGGAGCUUCGCCCCGUCGAUGGCGCCGGAGCAUCGACUCCGCCGAGUCCACCGGUUGCCAUCCUGGACUUAGAGGCAAUUGCCAUAAGUCAUCAAUGGCCUGCUCCGCCAGUGGUGGAUGCCGUGCCAUGGCAUGGUGGGAUACUGCUUGGUCACCCCUGUGCCGUCUCACUGCUUCUCUUGUCAGACCAGCCGCUUGUUACAUGCCAAGCUCUGAUUGCAAUUCAUGACCUUACUGAUUCGGCAUCUCUGGCAGAGUGCUUGAAAGAAUUGCAUCGUGUUCAGCACUCACUGGACUCCGUGUGCGCCGAUGAAGUUCUGGAGGGUCUUGCGCCGCUGAUCGAAGUGAUCUCUGGUCAAGACUCUGAGGAUGAGUUGAAUUACAAAGACUUUCGACGAUGGGUGGCUGAUUUGGAGGAGCAGCAGCUCACAAGCCUCAGAGAAGCCGGAGAAGGGCAUCAUGGGCCUCGCCUCGUGGAUGCUCCGCUCUCAAAUUUUCCCCUGGCGAUGAUGGACGUCGAUGAAGAGGAGUCGGUAGAUGGCAAGGAAGGAGACCGAUUUUCCGGCAUUGGAGAUGGAGAAGGACUCCUGGCUCCGCACUUCUGGCAGAACUGCUUAGAUCAAGUAGCCCUCACGCAUCCAGAGCUGACCACAGUGACUGUUCCGAUUCAGGCCUUGGAAGCUCCCACACGGAGCAGAGGUCGACCUGAAGUCGCUUAUGUUUUGCUGCCGUGGCUGGCCAGAAGGCUCCGGGAUGAAGCCCACGACUUGGCGGAGCCCGCGGCGUUGGCCCUGGAGUUGAUGUGUGUGGGGGAUGAGGAGUGGCCCGGCACUGGCGUUUUUCCCCGCGGAGACUCUGAGGAUGCGUGGCCAAGGGAUCGUUUGAUCGCGGAGCUGUCGGGUGACAUGGUGGCCUCGGGUGCAGCUGCACUUGGGCUAUGCCAUAUUUGUCUUGCAUCAGCGAGGCCCGAGAUUUUAGAGCGAUGCCUCUUCUGGGCCAAUGGCAUGGUGGGCCGCGCCAGCACUGUGGGCUGGCAAGAAGUCAUCAGUUGGAUUAGAGACCGGCUUGGGGAUGCAUUGCCACCUUCAUCUUUGCCUUGGCGUGAGGCUUUGGAUGAGACCUGUGGAGGUCUUUGGUUGACACACCAGCUGUUCCGAGAAGCGCUAAAGCCUGAGAGCUCCGUCGCUGUGCGCGAUGUCUUUGAUGCUGCGCUGGAGCUCUUUCCCAAGGUGCUCCCAUGGAAUAUUGUGGAGUGGAUGGCUUGGACUUUUGAGCCGCCUACUGCUGCAGCUAGGUUAAAACUGGGGCAGCAUCGGGAAGCGCUUCUCGCUGAGCUGCCCCUGUACUUUAUGCGACUCUUACCAACUUGCACUCGAGCAUGUGACGAGCCUCUUCUGCGCGAGGCCUUUGCCGUGACCCUUCACAGAAGACCCAGUGAGGUUGGGGCCAUUCCGCUCCAUGCAGGGCGCUGUUCAGCAGCAGACUCCCUGCUAUGUCGUUUUCGAAAGAAGCUGGACAUUGAGCUUUGCCAUCACAUGCGAUACCCACUGGGCGUCUUGCUGCUCUCCCAGCCCGAAACCUCACCGGUGCCCUCCCCGAGCAAGUCCUGCCUGGAGCAACUCCGAGAUCUCAAUCGGAGCGUCCGAUGGGAUCCCAAAGAGGAAACCAUGGAGGACCCUAGCUGCACCCAGCAGUUCGACCAGAUCCUGACAACGACCUUGAAAGCCGCUGCGAUGGUGCCUGAAGAGAAGUCGUUGGAUGCCAUCUCAGAGGAAGUAUGCCAGAUUGACCAAGCAUCCUUCCGAGGAGACUCAAAGAGGCUUUUGCGCCAAGAUGGCCGCAUCAAUACGUGGUAUGACUUGGCACUUGCUCUGCGAAAGCUCGCAGGGCUUGAUCCCAUGCGUUGGCAGUCUGUUCUGGAGCACAGCGCCCUCCCUGCGCCGCCGCUGAUGGCGCAGCUGGCAGCAUUGGCUCCCUCGCGGCUGGUGGCCGAGGUUUGCUUGCGAAAUGCUGGGCGAGCUCAAGGAGGAGCCUCUGCGGACUUCGAGGCUACAGCGGAAGUGCUGUGGCAGCAUGCCCUUGGUGGGGACUGGCUUCAGCUGCCGAACAAGAAGAGGACUAUGCCACCUAAACCAUGGCCACAGCCACAAGCGCGUCCAAAGCCUUCAGCCCCAGCAGGGUUGCGCAAAGCAGGAGCUGGGGAGUUGGUGUGGAUCUCCGAUGAUAAGCUGCAUGCCCGUCAUUUGGAUGAUACCGGGAAUGAGAUGCGUGGCGUGCUGAUCGGGACGCAGCCACUCAUGCUGGGUAGGGCUGGUGCUUACUUCGAGGUCACCUUGGAUGAAGUGCGCCCGGGCGAGAGCCCCGAUGGUCUCACCCUGGGCGUAACUGCCACGGCUCCGGAUGCGCUGCCGCUGAACAACUCCCCGGCCACUGUCGAGCACAUUCCAGAGACAUGGAGUCUGGGCUAUGAUGGGCAGAUGUGGGACUGCAAGAGUGGCACGUUGACUCAAGUGGACUGGGACCCCAGGUCUCUCAGAGAAGGAGACUCUGUGGGGCUUCUGGUCACAGCGUCGGAGGGCGAGCUCAUCAUCUUCCGCAAUGGUACUGCGGUCUGCGCUGGACCGCGUGGCAUCCCUGUCGCCUCGCGGGAGCUCUACCCGGUGGUGGAUCUGCUGGGCGCAGCUCGUGCGGUGCGCUGGAUGCCUGAAGCCCUACCGCCCUGAGAAAACGUUAAAAA